AUGCUGCAAAUCAAUUUCGCAAGGUAGCCAGUCAUUUCAGUGGUGACAACAUCUCCAGUUAUUGUGAUUGACCUAAAGCACCAAAUGAAGGAGCGUCAGCCUGAAAGUCCAUAAAGGAUGGAUGGGCAGACCCCAGAAGCAUGGUUACUACGAGGACUCGGAUGGGCUUAUUUGGAUAACACUUUGGUGAAUGGAGCAAAAGCUACACAUAGUGGAGAAUGCUGCUUUCAAUAAUUUCAUAUUUCCAAGGAACGGAUUCUUGUGAGGAUGAACAGGAUUGAUGCUGCAAAAGAAAGGAAUAUCUGCGUAAAGGUCACUGAGAAAGCAACCUUAAAGGUGAGAGAAUGAAAGAGUUAAAAGACAUGACAAGGACCAUUGCCUGCGAUUGAUUGUACUCAGCUUCUUAUGUCAAUCAUUGGUAUAUAAGGCAGGGAUUUAUCACUUUCAAUCGACAUGUGCCAUAGACAGUUGAUGGAAUUAUCAAGUUCUACUUUUGGAGUCAUUUGCACUUCCUCAAAUGGAGAAAACACAGUUGCGUAGGCAGCUUGCUAACAUUAGGCAGUCCCUUUUUGAUCAGGGAUUUCUUGACGAACAGUUUGUGCAGUUAGAGGAACUGCAAGAUGAUGCUAACCCAAACUUUGUGGAGGAAAUUGUUACAUUGUACUACAGAGACUCAUCCAGACUGAUUCUUAGCAUAGAGCAAGCACUACAGAAGAGCCCUCUGGACUUCAAUAAGUUGGAUGCCCUUAUGCACCAAUUUAAAGGAAGUAGCUCAAGUAUUGGAGCCAAAAAGGUGAAAGCUGAGUGCACACAAUUGAGGGAAUAUUGCAAGGCAGGAAGUGGAGAAGGAUGCAUGAGAACAUUCCAACAACUGAAGAAAGAAUAUACAAGUCUGAGAAAGAAGCUUGAAGCCUAUUUUCAGCUCGCAAGACAGGCUGGGCCCAUGGAAUCUGCAUGUCGGCCCAAGUAAUCAUAUGUGGAAGACAAAUGGAGGACAGAGCUGAUGUGGGAAGAUGUGAUUGGAGAUCUUUAUGUUUCUCUAAAUUAUGUAAAGCUCCAAUUGUGGAUUGGAGCAGCCUGUGGGGCUUAUAGGUUGCUUUUCUUUUCUUUUCUUUUCUUUUUCUUUUCUUCUUUUUGGGUUCAUGAAUGCAAUUUCGAUUGAAGUUUUGGAUCCUUUGUGACUAUUGUUUGGGCCUUCUGAUCUCUUAACAUAACAUAUCCAUUCUUGCCCCAA